AUGGGGCUGCUAAGUAUCCUCAAGAAGGUCAAGGAGAAGGAAAAGGAGAUCCGCGUCCUCAUGCUCGGCCUCGACAACGCUGGCAAGACGACGAUACUAAAGCAGUUCAUGGGCCAGGACAUCACUGAGAUCUCUCCUACUUUGGGGUUCGACAUUCAGACGCUCGAGUACAAAAGCUUCAAGUUGAACGUAUGGGACGUCGGAGGUCAGCAGACAAUCAGGUCGUACUGGAGAAACUACUUUGAGCAGACUGAUGGCCUCGUGUGGGUCGUCGAUAGCGCCGACCGACGACGACUGGACGACUGCAAGCGCGAGCUUGGCCAGUUGCUGACUCAAGAGAAACUCGCCGGUGCGACGCUGCUGAUCUUCGCCAACAAGCAAGACCUGCCCGGCGCCCUGUCUUCUGCCGAGAUUGUCGAUGCACUGGGGCUGCGGUCGGCGCAAUUUUCCACUCGGCACUGGCGAAUCGUUUCCUGCAGCGCCGUCACUGGCGCAGGACUCAUUGACGGCAUCGAUUGGCUCGUGGCGGACGUCGCUAGUCGCAUCUUUCUCAUGGAGUGA